AUGUAAGCCAACUUGGCUCAUUUUUUUUUAGUUCUCAAAUCAUAAGAGUGCGUCCAAUAUUAAGAUAUCAAUGGUACUCAAUAUGAAGGAUAAAUAAGACUCAUAUAGCCAAAUGAACAAAAACUGGUAUUCAACUAUACUCGCAAUUUGGCAACUAAUGAAUCUAAUGAUAAUAAGCUAGUGCAAUUCAAGGAUCUAACUUAUUUGAAAGUGCAAAAUCAAAUGUCACAAUCUCAGAUUGUUGAGAAAUCCAAAUCUGAGAAAAAAACAAAGACUUUUGUGAGAUGGGAAUAGAAUGUGGAUGCUUCAAAUUUGGAAGAUCAAGCAGUGAAAAACUUUGAUCAAUUUGAAGCUAUUAAGAAAUUUGGCAUUGAACCUACAUAUGAUGAAAAUAAGUAUACAACCAAAUUGAUAGCACCUGUAACUGAAGAUUUGAGACUAUAUGCUGAAAAAUGUGAAAAAGAAUUGAAAAAUGACACAUCAAAUAAACACGUCCUUGAAGAGCGAAAUCUAAAGCAAUUAGACGAUGAGGAAUCAGCUUACUCAGAAGUCAUCAGGGAAUAACCUCAAUAGAUGGUCCAAGUUCAAUAGACAAUGCAAUCACAAAUAGCAUCUCCUCCAAUUAAAUUUUUCAAUUCAAAUAAGCAAAAAGAAAAAAAUAACAAAAUUUCAUACAUCGAGAAACUAUUUGAACCAACAAAUCUAAUUUCGGAUGAACCUGAACAAUAACCUAAGAUUAAGCCGCUUAAUUAAGAAGCCACAACAAAAUUCAAACUCUAAUAGACUACCACUAAUAAUAUUCCUAAAUUAAUGCUUUCUAAUUUCAUUAAUGCAGUUGAAGGAUAUAAAUGGUAAAACAUGAACCCAGAUCCAACCAAAAACAAAAAAGAGAAACUCAAAAAAUGA